AUGGUUAGAGAAACUUUUUUUUACGAUAUACUAUCAGUAAGCACGUCAGCAACAACAGAAGAAAUCUCCAAAUCAUUCAAGAAAUUAGCAUUGAAAUGCCACCCCGAUAAGACGAACCGUGAUCCAGAAUUAACUGAAAAGUUCAAACAAAUUACCCGAGCUUACGAAGUUCUACGAGAUCCAAAGCAAAGAGAUAUCUAUGACAAAUACGGAGAAGCUGGCAUAGAUGGUACGGUUCAAGAGUCUACAAGUAACACAACGGCAUCAAACACCCGCAAUCAUAGAAGAACACACUCAUUUGCGACAGACAUAUUUUCCCAAGUGUUUCAUGAUAUAAACAAUAUGUUUGCCACACAUAAUGCAAUGUUUGAAGGUCCACAAAUGUCCGGAGGAUUUCCGGGAUUUUCAAGUAACCAGCACAUGCAGAAGCACGUAGAGCCUUUAGGCGAGCCACUAGAGAACACUUUGAUCCACGGAGAAGACAUAUUCCACACAUGUGAAGUGAAUUUGGCUGAUAUGGUGUAUGGGAAAGUAAUAAAGUUAUCUUUACCAAAGAACAUGAAGUGUGUGCAAUGCAAUGGGUAUGGUGGAGUGAAUCCAAAAACAUGCAGGGUAUGCUUGGGCUCAGGUAAAGUGAUGAUUACAUACUAUAACCAGUUUUCACGAUUUCAACAAAGCGGCAGUUGUGCUGCGUGCCACGGAACCGGGGUAUUUAUCAGAGAUGCCGACAGAUGUGUGUACUGUAACAUGGGGUAUCUAGAGAGCACAAAGAUUCUCAAAGUUGUGGUUCCGCCAGGUGCAAACACUGGUGAUAGAAUAAUCAUUAAGGGAGAAGCAGACGAAGGGAGAAAUAUAAUACCAGGAGAUGUGGUAAUUAAGUUGAAACAACGACAACAUCCGUAUCUUGUGCGGAAAUACAACGACUUGUACAUGGAUCAUACAAUUGAUUUGAAGACAGCAUUGCUAGGGGGAGAGAUCACUAUUCCAGACUUUUUGAAAGAGGACCAAUCUUUAAAAAUAUACAUUAAUGUGCACGGUUACAAGUCGCUUAAUAAUGAAAAGGUUCAUGCGGGAGAAGUUGUUGGUACUAUAAGAUCAGGAGAGCCCAAACAAGUAAAGGGGUUAGGUGUGCCCAAGAACAACCGUAUUCGCAACGGUAUUAUAGUGCAAGACUCACUGCAACAGAACGUCUCUAAACAAACAAUGUUUGAUUUAAACAAGUACUCUCGGGGUAAUUUGUUUAUAAACUUCCAUGUGAAGUUGCCUCGCAUUGAGAACUUUCUGGAAAAUGAUUUGGUACAAUUGAACCACAUUUUUAACAAUGUCCCCAACAGCAAUGAUAUGAAUAAUGACCAUGGAAAUAUUAUAGAAUCAAAUUUGGCCAACUUGCCAGGAAGCAGAGCGAAUCCCAUAGUUUUAGAAGCAACACCCAGUGUAUCUGAGAGCCCCUCCAGAGAAAGCAAUGGCUCCAUCAAACUAGAUUUCAGCAAUAUUGGUAUCAAUGAUGGAACAAAUACCACAGGCAGGGAUAAUAGCUCACACCCCUACUUUGAAGAAGCUCAAAACAAAAGAAGACGGUUUGAGAGCGAUUUGGGUUGUGGAAUAGCUAACCCAAUAUAA